AUGAGUAAUGAAGCAGAAGCCCUUCUGAAGCUACAAUUUGAUAAAUACGCAAAAUUCAUCGACGAUGAGGUGUGGGCGGAGGUAGAAGGGUAUUAUCAUCCAAGCGGAGUUCUGGUUCAUAAGGGUAAGGAGGCGGUUUAUGGAAAUAAAGACAAAUCCACCUACAUUGCAAAGUUCGCGGAGGGAACCGGAAAAUCGGUGGGUACUACUACAAACGCCAAGUACGAAGGAUCCGGUGACUACCUCAUUAUCACCGCCGACUUUUCUUCUGAAACUGAAAAAGCUGGAACUGUUAAGGGAAGGUUACUUCAUUGGGGAAACUUUAUACACGGAGGUACAGUUUUGUCAGUUCAAUAA